AUGGCGGCUCUCUGGAAAAGUGGUCUAUCUAUUUUGCAACGACAGCAGUAUCUGAAGUUACUGCCGCAGAGGUCCUGUAUCUGCACAUCCAAUACUUUAUGUUCUUCUAUUCAGAACAUUGAUAAAGUUCUGAUUGCUAAUCGCGGUGAAAUAGCAUGUAGAGUCAUAGAUACCUCUAAGAAGCUUGGUAUACGAACUGUUGCUGUCUACAGUGAUGUGGACCAGAAUGCAUUGCAUGUGUCAAAGGCUGAUGAAGCAUACCAUAUUGGCCCUGCUGAAGCCAAAUUAAGCUAUUUAGAUCAACGUAAACUAAUUGAUGUUGCUAAAAAGUCAGGUGCUAAGGCAAUCCACCCUGGCUAUGGUUUCCUAUCUGAAAACACAGAGUUUGCACAGCUAUGUUCAGAAGAAGAUAUCAUAUUUAUUGGUCCUCCCGCUUCUGCAAUUCGAGAUAUGGGUAUCAAAAGUCACACGGAAGUGGGUAUGCGUAUUGUGAAGAAUGAAAGUGAAUUCCAGACUCAAUUGGACUCUGCCAAAAGAGAAGCCUUAGGUGCAUUUAAAGAUGAUGUUGUUCUGUUAGAAAAAUAUAUUGAAACACCAAGGCAUGUAGAAGUUCAAGUGUUUGGGGACCAGCAUGGCAAUUAUGUUUAUUUAUUUGAAAGAGACUGUAGUGUUCAAAGACGACAUCAGAAGAUCAUAGAAGAGGCUCCAGCUCCUGGUAUCACAGAUGAAAUAAGGCAGAAAUUAGGUGUGGCUGCUGUGCAAGCUGCAAGAGCUGUCAACUAUGUUGGAGCAGGUACUGUAGAAUUUAUAAUGGACAAAAAUCAUGAUUUUUAUUUUAUGGAAAUGAAUACAAGAUUACAAGUAGAGCAUCCAGUAACAGAAAUGGUAACAGGAUUGGAUUUGGUUGAUUGGCAAUUGCAGGUUGCUUCAGGCAAACCUCUUCCUCUGAAACAAGAAGAGCUGUCUUUGAUUGGACAUGCAUUUGAAGCCAGAGUCUAUGCAGAAGAUCCAAGAAAUAGCUUUCUUCCUGGAGCAGGUAAACUGACUUAUCACAAGGCACCAGAUGUAUUGAAUGACACUGUCAGAUUAGACACUGGAGUACAGCAAGGUGACGAAGUGAGUGUUUUUUAUGAUCCAAUGAUAUCUAAGUUAGUUGUCUGGUCUAAUAAUAGAACAACGGCGUUAAACAAACUGACCAAGUCAUUACAAAACUACCAGAUUGUAGGUCUCAAGACAAACAUGGAGUUUUUGCAAAAUGUUGCGUCGCAUUCUGAAUUUCAUGCCGGUAAUGUACACACAGGGUUCAUUGAUCAACAUUAUUCAGAUUUAUUACCUGAAGUUCAAGAAUUGUCUUCCAAAGUACUUUGCCAGGCUGCCCUUGUAAUGGUCUUGGUUGAAAAUUCAAGAAGAUGCACAAUUCCAAAUUCUACUGAUCAAUAUUCGCCUUUUGCUACUGGUAGUGGAAGAAGGUUGAAUGAAACUUACAGUAGAGAAGUAAGAUUACUGGAUGGUAGUAACAAUGUUAAUGUGACAAUCACUUAUAAUAGUGGUAAUGCUUUCACUAUUAAGAUACGAGAUGAAACAUUUUGUGCUGAAGGAAAUAUUGAGUAUGAUAAUAAAGCCUAUAAGUUAAAUAGCAUUAUUGAUGGUGUUAAGUGCCUUGGAUCCGCUGUAUUUCAUGAAAAUACACUACACUAUUAUACAUUUGACAGUUCAUAUGAAAUAUCUCUACCAAAACCAGAGUUUUUAUCAGUGGGUGCAAGUGUUAUAGGCGAAGCUGUUACACCUAUGCCUUCAGAAGUUGUCAAAGUUAAUGUUACAGAUGGUGAAAGUGUUGUCAAAGGACAAAUCCUGGUUGUUGUUAUAGCAAUGAAAAUGGAACUUGGAAUCGCUGCACCACGGGAUGGAAUCAUAGAGAAAGUUUUAUGCCAGAAAGGUGACUCACUGGACAAAGAUGUGGCUGUGGUUCAGUACCAGAAAGAAGACAAGGAGACAUGAGCUAUAUAAUAAACUUUGAGAAAUAAACAAUAUAGAGAACAUUUGGAAAAACUUCUUGUUAUGAAGUUCACAGUUUGCAUUCUCAGGCAACUCUCUAACCUAACCACUAAUUUGUUUUAUGUAUUAAUAUAUAUUUUAGGCCAAAUUAUUUUUGUAUUAACACAUGGCCUGCUGACACAGUGUUUCUCCAUUCAUUUUGGCUUUUCAUGGAGGCUUUCAGCAGGUGGUGUAACACCUAUCAAUUUUAUUGGUUUCAUCAGAGUUGACUGUGUCUUCACAAAAUUCAUAAAUUUAUUUAUUCUGUCGUCAUUGACUUCUAAAAAACUAGUGUUGGUUGUGGCCUGGGUCGGUUGAUGUGGAUGUGAUGAUUGGUUGAUGUGGAUGUAAUGUUAGUCUGGAUUGGUUGGUAUCUAUGUAAAACAUUGCAAUAUUUUAAUCUGUAUAAUACACAUUCUCUGGGAAAUUAAAGUAUAAGUAACUA